AGAAAUGAAAUUAAGUCUGCGAGGGACUCGGCUCAGAGAAGUUGGGAUGAAGCUCCAUGAGAAGAUUCUGACCCAUUACCUGUCCUGCACCUCUCCAGUGGAUAAAGAGGGAUAUCUCUACAAGAAGAAAGAGCGGACUGGCACCUUCCAGCAGCGGUGGUUCGUCCUGAAGGCCAACCUGCUCUUCUACCAGGAGCGUCCGGCCGACCGGCACCUGCUGGGCGUCAUUGUGCUGGAGGGCUGCACGGUCCAGCGCUCCGAGUCCCACCAACAGUUUGCCUUCGCUCUGGUCUUCGGACCUGGACUCAAAACCUACAGGUUCUUAGCAGCAGAUCAUCGCUCUCAGGAGAGCUGGGUGAAAGCGCUGUUCUCGGCCCGACACUGUUACCUCUCCCAGCUGGUGAGAGAUCUGGGGAGGGAAUACGAAGAAGCUAAACAACAAGGCUCCAGUGACCCCCCCUCCUCUGUGGGCCUCCUCAGUCUGUCCACAAACAGCCUCUGGGCUGCAGGAGGAACAUCUGCUGCCGUCAGAGAAGGGAGAAGCUUCAGCGCCAGCUCGGUUCUUCAAGCUGCCUCAGUACCGACCAAAGUGGUGCCCAAACUGUGGCAGAGGAGGAACGCUUAUGUCACACCGCUCAACGGACCGGCCCCUCUGUACGGAGAAUGGCCUCUGGUGGGGUCCGAUCCACUCGUGGAGUUCAGUAAACUUCAUGACUUUUAUGGUCAGGAGGUGAAGAAAGUGAGAGAGGAGUGGCUGAGGAGCCGACCGGCACCGGAGGACGGCGGCAGAGACCUCAUCGACCUCGGCUGACUAAAGACUUUUUAAGGGAAAUUGAUGUGAAUCAGAGAAUAUUUCUGUUCAAGUUUUAUAUCUUUUCAUUUAUUCACAGAUGAGCUCGUUAUUCUUUAUAAUCCC